CCGUUGAAUUUAAUAGAAGACGUUUGAGAAUGAGAAAUGAGAACUACUUAUUCCGGCAUGCAAUGUUACUAAAUAUAUGAAGCUUUGCGUUUUUACUUUUGUACCACAGUAGGAAUGGUUACAAUAUACAAUUAAAUAGUUAUUGUGGAAACUAUUUGUAGAGGUUUACUUUUUUUUUUUAUUAUUAGAAAGUAUUUGCAGUACUAUAUUUUUUAAUCCUGGUCCAGUUUUGUUCGUGGUCCGGAGUUGCUACAGAUGAUGCAGGCUACCCAAUCAAACCCUGGCUGAUAACACCAGUCCCAUAUGGUAGCAGCUAAGGAACGCUUCAACACUGCCCUGUUCCAGACACAGAUUGUCAUUAAUUGAAAACCUUCCAAAACUGAUAGAAAUGUUGGGAACAUAAUACGAGUGAAUGCUGCAUAUGAGAAUGAAAUAUUUCCAGGUACUUAGUAGCUGCCGUAGUGGAUUAAGUAAACUGCUGUUGGAGCAGUUAUACCAAAGUAUACAGCAUCGUGUUUACAUAUCUACCUCCAGCCUUUGUAGUGUCCGAAAGAAGAAUUCCAGUCACUAUGAGCAAGUUCACACAGAGAGAUAUGCUUCACUGGUACGCUCUAUCAUAUCGGCUGAAGCCAGGCUGAAAACAUCAGAUGCUGAUUUCAGAAAGAACAAGUUGUUAAAUGGACCUUUCUCAAGAUCUGCCAGUAAGUCUCCUGAAGAAGAAGAUUUGGAAGGCCAGGAACCCAAAAACAUGGUUCCCUUUAUAAACCCUAAGAAGGUCUCUGAACCGACUUUAGAAAAAAAAUUAAAGUUUCCAUUAAGAGCUAAAUUACAUAUGUCUAAUUCACGAACACCUUUUCCUAGUGUAACAUACAUUCUUCGUCAAACCAUGCCUAUAGAACAGUCCUAUUUCUUGGAGAAAUGGAAACGAAGAAUGAUAGUAGAACUUGGAGAGGAAGGCUUUAGAGAGUACAGUGCAGGUAUUCUUUUACAUGGGAAGCAUUUCCAUACAGCUUUAGAAGCUGCACUGCUUGACACACAGUCAACAGUUCAGGAGGAUUCAGGAUUUAUUAAAAGUGUGCAGCAUGUCUUAGAAGACAUCAGUGGAGUCAGAGCUCUAGAAAGUGCUGUUCAUCAUUCAGAUCUUCAGUACCUGGGUCUAGUGGACUGUGUAGCAGAGUACCAAGGCAAGCUGUGUGUUAUAGAAUGGAAAACUUCAGAGAAACCAAAGCCAUUUUUGAAAAACACUUACGAUUAUCCACUUCAAGUUGCAGCAUAUGUUGGCGCUUUGAAUUAUGACAGCAAUUACAAUUAUCAGGUUGGUCAUGGACUAAUUGUAGUUGCAUACAAAGAUGGCUCCCCUGCACAUCCACAUUUUAUGGACCCUGAACUCUGCCUCAAAUACUGGAAAAGGUGGCUACGGCGACUGGAAGAAUUCAUGGAAAAGAAAGGAAUUCAUUGAACUGAAACUGCUAGAUAGCAAUAAUGCUGUUGUUUAUUACUGUAUAUUAAAGUAGCUACUGUUCCCCUCUAGGAACCCUAGUUACAGUUUGCAAUUUCAUUUUUAACUGCAUUUGUGGAUGCUUUUUUAUGGCCCCAACAUCUGAUGACCACCAAGCUGCUGCUGUCUUCUUCCCCGUCACCAUUGCAAACAUGCCCUUGCAGAAGCAUUCACCAUGAGAGAUAGCUUGUGCCUGGCAAUGAGGGCAUGUUUAAACACUAACCCCACCCCCACAGCAGGAGUAUGUGACUUUUGUCACUUUAGGAGCCACUAUACCCUCCCUGUAUGAGUGAGUACUGCCAUGCACUUGCAGCAAGAGCUGCUGCCCCGCGACUUUGUGACGAAAUACCUGUCGCUGAGCUCUCCUCUUAUUAGCAUGCAUCCUGCAAGGGAUUGUGGUGUUGGACGUCCUACUUUGCCCUUGCCUUUCCCAGAAUAGGUAUAGUCAUUCUCCUCACACCUGCUGCAACAGGCAUCUGAGCUACUGAUCAAACUCUGGUUGCCUGAUUUGUAGUCGGGGAUUUAUCUCUGUACUGUACUCCAGUGGAGCUGGCUUAUUUGAUUGUGUCGUUUUGUCCAAUUUCAGUGCAUCUGUGCUGGUUGGAACAUGACAGCCUAGUUUACAUUUUCAGCUUCCUAACCUGCCUCAGACUGUUUUGUAUCUAGCUUAUUGUUUAAAAUGAAGGAGGUUUGUUUACAAAGAAGCUGUUAGUAUUUAAACAAGACAUGUUCUGGGGUAAAACAAGCUAUCCCUUAAUCUAGGUUGGUAUCCUAACCUUUCAUUCACUUAUUCUACAUCUCUGCUUCCUGUCUCCUUUUAUUUAUUUAAAUUAUUUUGUCCCCUAACACUCUUAAGAGUGUGUAAUAAGAUUUUUUCCAUCUCAUUGUUUUGGCUUCCAUUAAAGACUCCCUUUUUAAAAUGCAUGUUAAAAAUUGUAUACGCAAAUGAUAGUUGUAACUGUUUAACACCGGUACAGUGCAGCAUAUGCAGUGCAAUGUAAGGGAUGCUUUUAAAAAGAUUGGGUAAAAUAAAGCAUCUGAAAAGUACAUGUGCAAGUAAAUGCUCAUGACUGAUAUAGAAAUGGAUAUUUGCAGCUGUUACUAACCCUUGUAGUUAAAAUGUAUAGUGCUGUAAAUCUGAUAAUUGAAGAUUAAUAAAAACCUUGAUGUAAAUUGUAAACCAUGA